UGUGAAGCUUGGACGUCGGAUCCCUCGCGCGGACGUCCUGCAACGUUACAGGAAAGGUUGGCGGCUAUCAUGAUCGCUGGGCUGUUAUGAUUAUCAAUCAGAAAGGGUUCUUCAUUAUAAUAUAAAAGAAAAAAAAUAAAUUCGCGAUAUCCCUCCGUUUGUUCUUACCAGCUUGUGUUUACACUGUAUCACUUUCACUUUGAUCCUUUUUUUUCAACCCUUCAAUGUGGACAAGGACACCGUCGACCUCAUUGACAGCAUCCUCAUCACACCAUUGCGGGCGAUUGCAAAGGUGGUUGCAUACUCAGAAAUUCCGUUUACCUAACCGACCUCUCUUCCCUCCUCCUCCCUCCUCUUUUAUAUAAAGUUUGAAAAUGGACCAUUCAAACCAGCGCUUGCCAGUUCUCCUGACGACCGCUACCGCACCCCACACUCACGAGCUCUCUCGCGCUACCUCGCCCGGCGGCGGACCGCCCGAGUCCAACAUGAACAGUCUCGAAGAUCCAACCAAAAAAGCUCGGAGCCGGCCGCGGACGUACCCCUAUUUCAAAUACCUUCCCUACAAGGUUGAAGAUGAGGCCCAGCGACAACAGAAUCUGGAUGAGAUCCUCAAAUAUCUGUACAUUGCCGUUCAGUCUGGCGAUUUCAACCCUGGCGCUGUCCACUGGACUCGAGAACUGCGAGCCUGGCUUUCUCUGAAAUUCGACCCAACCCGGGAGCAGCGAGCGAAGCUUGUUAAGCUUUACUACGAGCUUACCCUAGCGCCUGGCGUCGAGGCUGCCGUUUCGGAGCGCUUUGCUAGCAUGUUCAUGGUUCUCACAAAGAGAAAGCACUAUUUGCGUCCGGUCAAGGAUAUUAUGCUGGACUGGAAACCCCUCUAUCGAGAAAUAAAAGUGUUCGUUCUUCCUUCUGAAUCAGAACUGGUGCAUUCGACGAGUUCAAAACGUAAUAUAAAAACGUUGACGAAACUGUGUGCCUUUGCACAACUUUAUUUUGACCCCCUUGAGAUCCCGGCAAUGUUAGAAGAAUUUCUUCCUCACUUCACCACCUCGUUCACGGAGGGAGCAUUCGUUGUGGUUGGCUUGAUGAACCUGUUUUUACCCACUUCACCCGGCCCAGAAGACAGAACCGAUCUGUACCCGCAGCACUAUCUCCCCACUUACUUCCACCUUUGGUCCACAGUAAACCGAUCCAGGACCUUUGACGUCAAUUUCCUAGACCUGUUGUCGCGAUUAGCUCGGGAUUGGCUACCCGCCAAUUAUGUUUCAUUCUCAGAAUUUGGUAUUCUUACCUCUGAGCAGACCUCCCUGAUAUUCACAGCAAUCUUGAGACUCCUUGAGAUCCCUGUGGGUCAAGCAACCUCUUCAUACAGUGCUGUAGUUGAUCUGUCCGCGGGACUUGGUAUUAUGCUUGAUAGAGACUCGAGAGGCCACCCAGUUGCCCAUCACAUCGCGAGGUUAAUUGUUAUGUCCCUUUCACCUGCUUGUGUGGAUGCAAGUGAAUCAAUUCUUAGCCUGCUUGAAGGUUUGAUACAAGCAGUGGAGACGUUCUUCCACCCGUCAAAUGCGGGAGCGUGGUCGAAAGGUCUUUCGCAACUAAUCAACUACCUUGCGGAUUUCUUUGUGAUGCGCUGGAACCGGGAAAGGAACGGUGAAAUACAGGUCCCCGCUGAGAGGAAGUUGAAUGAUGCCAUUAAACACCGUUUUGUCUUGUGUCUGCGAGAAGUCACGUUUAUGGGAAUAUACUCGAAGAGCGGAACCGCCAUGAAUUUCUCACUGGCUACGCUCCAGAGCUUGGCAUAUUUGGAGCCUGGUUUGAUACUUCCAGGAGCUUUGCAGCGGAUAUAUCCCUCUAUGCAAGGCUUGGUUGAAGUCCACCGGACUACGUCUUCUCUUCGAUCUCUUCAAGUCCUAUCAAAGAUUAUGAUUCGAACAAAGGGAUUCCGUUGCCACAUUACAACUUUACUCGGCCUGGCAUUGCCUGGCAUCGAUGCAAACGACCUUGAGAAGUCUCUCCAUUCCUUGGCUUUCAUUCAGUCUGUAUGCUACAACAUCCCGUUUGAAGACCUUACCCAAGGACGGGAGGAUGUCAACGGGAAUAUGUUAGCAAUGCAAUGGAUCACCGGAGAACUUGAACGAAUGGAAGAAGAAGGUGCCGCUGUCGAGAUGAACUAUGACACCGAUCUUAGUGACGAAGUGGAAGAGAGGAUAUUGCGAUCAUCGACCACAGGUUUCGGAGAGUUCUUAAUAUCCUUCCUUGGUAGAGUUUUCACUCUGCUGGAAAACCUUCCCGAUGCAGCGCGAGUCCGCAGUGGCUCCCCCGAGGAGAAUGUCCUAAAUACUUUACCCGCAACUUUUACACCGCUCCUUGCUUCCCUAUCUCCAGAAUUAUAUGACGUUGCCCUGCAUAAAAUUGUCGACUUUGUGGCUGAGCAUGUUAUUCACCAAGCUCGAGAUGCUGUGGCAUUUAUUUGCAAUGCACUUUGUAAGGUGAACCCUGAAAAGGCUCUGAAGCGAUUUAUACCACUGUUGAUUCGAUCGAUCCGUACUGAAAUUGAUGAGAAUGGAGCGGCGUCUACGAGAACGACUGGUUCUGAUGUCCUUCCCCGUGACCGUGGUCUCGUUUGGAAUGUCAGCAUGCUUAGCAUGUGCGUCGUACAUGUCGGCAGUGAGGUUUUGAAAUACAAGCAAGAACUCAUCGGCAUUGCCCUGUACAUGCAAAAGAAAUGCAAAGGUAUCCCGACGAUCCAUAUCUCGAAUUUCAUUCAUCACCUUCUCUUGAACCUUACUGUGACAUGUACCGUCGAUCAUGCGCUGUACGAGCCGUCCAUUAUUGAGCGAGGGAUUCAAGUAGAGCAAUGGGGCCAGAGACAGGAUCCCAAAGAGCUCACUAUUAAAUGGCAUGUUCCACAGCGGGGAGAGAUUGAAUUUGCCGUGGAACUAUUCACAUCUCAGAGCGAGAAUGCGUUGGAACAACUCACGAACUUGACUAGUGAAAACUCAAGAAUCAAACGAGAUGGGAGCGGCAAGGAUUGGUCCGAUGAGGUAACGAGGAAUAUCAUACUUCUUCGAUUGAUCAUCUCAGGCAUCUCCGCACUGUUCAAUAACCGCAUUGCCUCCAGUAACAAGUCGGCAGAUUCCGAUGUCGAUAUGGCUGAUGCGGACGACUCCGGUGAGCUUCUUCAACAGAGCGAUCCGGAUUCAGCCCUUGAUACCUCGGAUGAAGCAACGAUUAGACGUACCUUCACUUAUCCAACCGGGUAUAGUCUGACGGAUGAUGAUCCACUCUGUAUUAAGCUACACGAUAUUAGGGAGCGAAUUGGGCAAGUGCUGCAUAAUGUGCAUAGGUUUUUGGUUGAAAAGCAGGAAGACGACGUUUCAUGCUUUUCGCCCCUAUAUACCGCCUAUCGCUCAUGGUUUGUGGAUGUCGGGAUCGAAAGAUCUGCACACGUACUUGACCGGGUCACCAAGUUGUUAUCUGCUGACGCUUAUCCUUACAAGAUGAGUGGCGUCAGGAAAGACUACCCACGUCCCCUCCUUGUUCGCCGCGCCAAUGUAUACCAUUGGCAAAGACUUCGACACAAUGCAGCUCCUCGGCCACGAUCUAAGCUAGAUGAAACGCUAUUGCUGGACCUAGCAGAGUCGAGCGUCUCCUUGUAUACCGACAUUAGGAGAAAUGCACAGGCCGCUGGUGAAUCGGCUCUCAAAGCAGUUUGGGGCUCACGUCUUCUUAUCAUCCCGCCACUUAUUCAAGCCUUGCAGACUGCCAUAAAACAAAACGACCACCCUCGCAUAAAAGGGGCGCUGUACUCACUGCUUUAUAGCAGCUUAGCCAAAACAUUAGGUCGUCACUGGAAAUAUACGCCAUCACUGAUCAGGCUGUUUAUUGAGGCGAGCGCGGUCGAUAAGCCAUCGGUACAGAAGGUUUGCAACAGUGCACUGUACCAAAUUAUUGAAUAUGGGCGCGAUACGGACAGGAUGGCUAUCCUUGAUAAGGAUAUUAUCGGUUCCAUUGCUCCCGCAGAAAGCGUUGACGACCUUAUUGCGAAGAAGAAAGAAAGCCUCCAAAAGAAGCGCAUUUUAAUUGAGAGCAAAAAGGCCGAUUUGGCAGAUGAACUUGUGAAUCUGGCAAGGGAGUCUCACUGGAAAAAAGCCAGCCGCACGGCUGCCAUCGUUAUUGGCAUGGGCUUACGCUUCGACAACGUGGCAAGUGAGAAUCUUAUCAAUCUCAUAGUGUCUGGCGCAAUCGAUUCCCACCCCGGUCUAAGAGGGAUGUAUUCACAAACAAUGGUUGCCAUCUUCACAAUGAUUGAUGUCAGAGCAGCAUGCAGCCAUAAGUAUGAAGAUUAUAUCCUGGGAAAGCAGUAUUAUCCUGCGAAGAUCCAGGUUGCCACAAAACGAGAGGAUCCACAUUGGACUGAAGAUUUCCUUGCUAGCUUUGCCAAACCGGAUGCUGAAUAUUAUGUGGACCACGAAAACCCUGGUUGGCUGGUUUGGGAUAAGACGAUGCCGGCGUACAAGCCAAAUAUGACGCGCGAUCUCCAAUAUGACGACCUUGAAUGGGAUGUUCGGAAAUGUAUGGGCAGUCUAUUUGACCGCCGGUGGUUUUCUGCCUUCUUUGGCUAUUUGAAGCAAGAGCCAAGGGAUGUUUCGGCGGAUAAGUUCCGCAUGUCCAGCGCGAUGACUCUGCUCUAUGUUUUUCAACUUAUGACUCGCGAUGAUCUCACAAAAGCGACAUUUGAAGAGAUAAAGGAAGAAAUCGCUGCUGUUUUCGAAGAUGGUAGCGACAAACAUCAACAUCGCGCAACCGCAGAAAUCCUGGCGGCGUUGAUAGGGUCAGUUGCAGACAGCAGUGUGGAGCGACGUACAAAAGUAUGGGAAUAUGCUUUUCCAAUCAUUCAGAAGAUAUUCUCGGACGGAUUAACUCCGGAAAACUCAUCAUACUGGACUCAAUUUGUCCAUAUGAUCUUCCAAUGUCGAGAUCCACGAAGAGCCUGGCCGUUGAUAGAUUGGCUCGCCAGUUUCCGACUUGAUAUGAGCUCCAACGCAGCGUUUAAAGAAAGUUCUAAGAUCAAUUUGCUUCACCAAUGUAUCUUGGAUGCUGGCUGGCACUUCCAGCUCGAAAAGCCGAUAGUGGAAGACUUCCUUUCGCAUCUUGACCAUCCAUAUAAAGGAGUACGUGAUGCGGUUGGCCGGACGUUAGCAUCUAUCUUCCGCACAAGAUACCAUGAAUCUUAUCCUGAUAUCGAUAAGCUGAUCAUCUCUCAAAAAGAGGCAUCUUCUAUUGGUAGCCGUGCCUAUCAACCCACCAAAGAGUUUUCAAAUAUGGUCUAUGGCGUCUUCAAUCGCCUUGAAAAGUGGCGUCAUGAAAGGACUCCUGGCCAACAAACCCCUUCAUCUUACACUUCUGGCUGCAAGACUGUUCUCCUCUGGCUUGAUGGCACACUUUCGUCUUAUGAAUGCACUCAACUGCUCCCCUUCUUCCCCCAGCUUUUCAUUGAACAGCUUCUGCAUAUGAUGGAUGUGAAAGAGGACCCUGAACUUCAGUCACUGGCAUACCAUGUAUUCAGACAUCUGCCGAACGUUCCACACCCUGCUGGAGAAGACUCGGAGUUCGUUGAUACUCUUAUUCGAAUUGGUCGUACAUCCCAGUCGUGGCAUCAGCGGUUGCGUGUCAUGAUCAAUAUGCAAAUUAUUUACUUCCGGCGUUUGUUCCUCCUUUCCAAGGUUGACCGUGAAAAGCUUUUUGAUUGCGUUGCAAACAUGCUUGAGGACCCGCAGCACGAGGUGCGAGCGGGUGCUUCUGCGACAUUGUCUGGGAUGAUUCGCUGUUCCCCCGUUGCUCUUCGAAAUGAGAUGGUUUUGAAACUUCGUGAUCGAUUCACUAAAUCUCUGAUUCAACAUCCUUUGCCCAAAAAGCCGCGCAUUUAUACAUCUGGAUUUUCAUCCGCGACUUCAACUGGCACCAGCACGCCGACCCCUGAACAUACUCGUUUAGUUAUCACAAGACAUGCUGCAGUUCUCGGACUUGGUGCACUGAUCCAGGCAUUCCCCUAUACUAGUCCACCUCCGCCAUGGAUGCCCGGUGUAUUGAUUACAUUAAGCACCAAAGCGGCUGGUGACCCGGGUAUUGUCGGCCAGAGCGUAAAGUCUAUCAUCAGUGAAUUCAAGAAGACGAGACAAGAUACAUGGCAUAUCGAUGUGAAGGCUUUUGAACCUGAUCAAGUUGAAGACUUGGCCGGUGUUUUGUGGAAGAGUUAUUUUGCAUGAAUGUAUCAAUCCGGCUGAUUUGAGAUUUAAAAAUUCCAUAUUACAGACGAUGCUUUUACGACAGGUUUAUGGUUUCAACAUUGAAAAGGACUAUAUGUGCAUUUUGCGACUUUCUAGGUAUUUUUUUAAUGCUUUUAGGGCGAAUCUGGUCACCAACAUCUGGACCGUUAGUUACUCUCAGCCAGUUGCAAGGACUCGAGUUCAUCUAUA